GAUUCUAUGGCGGAACUCUGUCUUUGUGUUUGCGUAUGAGUGAGGAUCAUGAACAGCACCUUGGGUUAUUGCUUACAUCAGCGAGCUCUAUGCCCUCCACCAACUAUAGAGAAUCAAAGUAGAACACAUCCAGGCUUUUUAGGAAGUGUGUUGCCUGGAGUUCCCUCAGGAUCUAAGGCAGUGAAAAAGAAAUGCAAGCCCAUUCUUUCUAACAGAUUCUUCGGAGGCAACUUGAGCACAACAAAAGCAAGAUCAUUGAAGGGAAAUCACAGGGCUGGUUAUAUGGUUACUCACGCUGUGUUGACGACCAAUCCUUCAGCUGAGGUUACAGACAAGUUCAAUCUUGAUGCAAAUUCUGAACUACAGGUUUCUGUUCAAGCCCCUGCUCCUGGCUCUACAACGAAAAUCAGUUUUCGAAUAACCAACAGUCAUGAUGACUUAGUUCUUCACUGGGGUGGAAUUCGUGAGAAGAAUAAAGACUGGGCUCUUCCUUUCCGGCGUCCAGAUGGAACAAAAUUAUAUAAAAACAAGGCUCUUAGAACGUCCUUCAUAAAAUCUGGUCCAUACUCCUCGCUGAACAUAGAAAUCGAUGAUCCAGAAAUACAAGCCAUUGAGUUUCUUAUAUUUGAUGAAGCACAAAAUAGGUGGUUCAAGAAUAAUGGCGAAAACUUCCAGGUUAAGUUGCCAGGAUCGCGCCAUCAAAUCUCUAAUCUGUCAGCUGUGGAGAACAAAAGAGUUUCGCUUCCUGAAGAUCUUGUGCAGAUUAAUGCAUAUCUUAGGUGGGAAAGGAAGGGCAAACAAUCGUAUACACCAGAUCAAGAAGCGGAAGAGUAUGAAGUGGCAAGGACCGAAUUGCUAGAGGAAAUCAGUAGGGGCACUUCUAUAGAAGAACUCAGAAUGAAAUUAACAAGAGCUUCUAGCAAUGCCAAGAAGGAUGUUACCGGGAACACAACAACUGUAACAAGUGAAGUUCCUGAUGAUCUUGUACAAGUACAGGCAUAUGUUCGUUGGGAGAGAGCUGGAAAACCAAACUAUUCUCCUGAGAAACAGAUGAUGGAGUUUGAGGAAGCAAGAAAAGAACUAGAGCAAGAGCUGGGUAAAGGAGUGUCACCCACUGAGUUACGAAAAAAAAUGAUGAAAGGAGACGUACGCACCAAAGUCUCAGCACAGUUGAAGACUAAAAAGUACUUCACCAUUGAAAGAAUUGAGCGGGAAAAAAGGGACAUUAUGCAGCUUCUAAAUAAAUAUACUUUUGAAAGCCCACAAGAGAACAUGCCAUCCAUGCCAAAAACCCCAACAGCAAUGGAAGCGUUCUCAAAGUUUUUAGAGGAGCAGGAUGGAGGCCCGGUACUGAACAAGAAACUUUUUAAGCUUGGUGAAAAGGAACUUCUGGUAAUUGUCACAAAUCCUCUUGGUAAGACGAAGGUUUAUCUGGCAACAGAUCUGAAAGGACCUCUUAUUCUACACUGGGCAUUAUCUAGGACGCCUGGAGAGUGGAUGAUACCCCCUUCAAGCACUUUACCUCCAAAUUCAAUUUUACUAGACCAGUCAUGUGAGACCCCUUUUAUAGAGGCUUCCUUGCAAGAUAUAGCCUACCGGGCUGUUGUAAUCGAAAUUGAUGGGGGGAACUAUGAUGGAAUACCGUUUGUCCUACGUUCUGAUGAAAACUGGAUUAAAAAUGGUGGAUCCGAUUUCUAUGUGGAAAUUCGCAAAGAAACUACAAAGAUAAGCAAGGAUGCUGGCGAUGGAAAAGGUACUGCAAAAGCCUUGCUGGACAAGAUAGCUUAUCUUGAGAGUGAGGCCCAGAAAUCUCUAAUGCACAGAUUUAACAUUGCAGCAGAUUUGAUGGAGCAAUUCGGAGCUUCUGGGAAAUUAGGUCUUUCUGGAAUCCUUGUAUGGAUGAGAUUCAUGGCCACAAGACAACUUGUAUGGAACAAGAACUACAAUGUGAAGCCACGUGAGAUUAGCAAAGCCCAGGACAGACUUACAAAUUUACUUCAAGAUAUGUACAAAAAUAACCCCCAAAAUCGGGAAAUCAUAAGGAUGAUUAUGUCCACUGUUGGCCGUGGAGGUGAAGGAGAUGUGGGACAGCGUAUCCGUGAUGAGAUCUUGGUGAUUCAGAGAAACAAUGAUUGCAAGGGUGGGAUGAUGGAGGAAUGGCACCAGAAGCUACACAAUAACACCAGUCCUGAUGAUGUAGUAAUUUGUCAGGCACUUAUAGAUUAUGUUAGUAGUGACUUUGAUGUCAAUGUUUACUGGGACACCUUGAACAAAAAUGGUGUAACAAAGGAACGCUUAUUAAGCUAUGACCGAGCCAUUCACUCAGAACCACAUUUUAGGAGUGACCAGAAGGAUGGCCUUUUGCGUGAUUUGGGAAACUACUUGAGGACUCUGAAGGCUGUUCACUCAGGUGCUGAUCUUGAGUCUGCAAUUGCAACUUGCAUGGGAUAUAAAGCUGAGGGUGAAGGGUUCAUGGUCGGGGUUCAGAUAAAUCCUAUAAGGGGCUUGCCAUCUGGAUUUCCUGAUCUGUUAAGAUUUAUUCUGGAACAUAUUGAAGACAAGAUGGUGGAGCCUCUGCUUGAGGGUUUGUUGGAGGCACGGGUUGAACUUCGACCUCUGUUGCUCAACUCCCAUGAGCGUCUUAAGGAUCUUAUUUUUUUGGAUAUUGCCCUUGAUUCUACAGUGAGGACCGCUAUUGAGCGGGGAUAUGAAGAGCUGAACAAUGCUAAACCAGAGAAAAUUAUAUAUUUCAUCAGUCUAUCUCUUGAAAAUCUUGCUCUAUCGACCGAUGAUAAUGAAGAUCUAUUAUACUGCAUUAAGGGAUGGAAUCAUGCCUUGGAGAUGUGCAGCCAACGAGAUAACCAGUGGGCAUUAUAUGCAAAAUCAUUUCUUGAUAGAACUCGUCUAGCCUUAUCAAGCAAUGCAGAACUAUACCACCAAGUGCUGCAACCUUCAGCUGAAUACCUUGGAAUGUUGCUUGGAGUUGAUCAAUGGGCAGUGAAUAUAUUUACUGAAGAAAUUAUUCGUGGUGGCUCAGCUGCAUCUUUAUCAGCACUCCUUAAUCGACUUGACCCCGUUUUGCGUAAGGAGGCAAAUCUAGGAAGUUGGCAGGUUAUAAGUCCUGUUGAAGUUGCUGGAUAUGUCGUUGUUGUAGAUGAGUUGCUUACUGUUCAGAAUAAAUCUUAUGAGCGACCAACCAAUUUAGUGGCUAAAAGCGUCAAAGGAGAGGAAGAAAUACCCGAUGGAGCAUUUGCUGUUCUGACCAGUGAGUUGGUACAUCUGCUGCACUCUUGCAAGCUAUUUCUCUUAAGACCCACUUCUGCAGAUAUUGUAUAUAGUGAGAUAAAAGAGAGUGACCUUUCCAAUGCAAGUUCAGCAAAUUUGGAUGAUGUUCAACCUUCACCUUCCCUGACUCUAGCUAGGAAGCAAUUCAGUGGCAAAUAUGCCAUAUCAUCAGAGGAAUUCACAAACAAAAUGGUUGGGGCUAAGUCACGUAAUAUCUCCUAUCUGAAAGGAAAAGUACCUUCCUGGGUUGGAAUCCCGACAUCAGUAGCACUGCCAUUUGGUGUUUUUGAGAAGGUUUUAUCAGAUGAGACAAAUCAGGCAGUAGCUGGAGAGCUUGAGAUGCUAAAGAAAAAGUUAGAAGGAGGAGAGUUUAAUGCCUUAGGUGAAAUUCGGAGAACUGUUUUACAGCUAGCUGCUCCAAUGCAAUUGGUGCAAGAGCUACAGGAGAAAAUGAGGGGUGCUGGAAUUCCUUGGCCUGGUGAUGAAGGUGAGCAACGUUGGGAACAAGCAUGGAUGGCAAUAAAAAAGGUAUGGGCUUCCAAGUGGAACGAAAGAGCAUACUUCAGUACACGGAAAGUGAAGCUUGAUCAUGACAAUCUCUGCAUGGCUGUCCUUGUUCAAGAAAUCAUAAGUGCUGACUAUGCCUUCGUCAUCCACACUACCAAUCCAUCAACUGGGGACUCAUCGCAGAUUUAUGCCGAGGUGGUGAAAGGACUUGGCGAAACUCUAGUUGGCGCAUAUCCAGGGCGAGCACUAAGUUUUAUUUGUCAGAAAAAUGAUCUCAACUCUCCAAAGGUAAGUUUGGGGAAAAAUCAUGGUGACAGAACUCUUCAUAUUGGGAGGAAGGAGGAGGCUAGACGUGUCCACUACAAAUCCUAAAUUAGUGCAAACAAU